AUGGCUCCUUAUGAUUACCUUUUCAAGUACAUCAUUAUAGGGGAUACGGGCGUCGGGAAAUCCUGCUUGCUUCUCCAAUUCACGGACGGGCAUUUUCAAACGGAUUACGAUCUGACAGUUGGCGUUGAAUUUGGAUCGAAAAGCAUCACUGUAGACGACCGGAAUAUCAAGUUACAAAUUUGGGACACAGCUGGCCAGGAAGGAUAUAGGUCUAUCACAAGAUCCUAUUAUCGGGGAGCAGCUGGAGCAUUGUUAGUUUACGACAUUAGCAGAAGAGAAACAUUUAAUCAUCUUUCACGUUGGCUUGAUGAGGUCCGACAAAACUCUAACGUUCAUCUAACAAUCAUGUUAAUAGGCAAUAAGUGUGAUAUCCAGCGGCGAGAAGUUACAACGGAGGAAGGUGCGAUAUUUGCUCGAGAGCACGGCCUUAUUUUUCUCGAAACCUCCGCCAAGACAGCGACCGGAGUAGAAGAGGCAUUUCUGUACUGCGCUCAGAAGAUUUACGAUAAUUUGCAAAAGGGCUUGUUUGAUCUGCACGACACCUCUCUUCAUGGCGUUCGGAUAGGACCCCAACAGGAUACGUACAUGCUAGGAUCCCGUGAGCAUAACGCACAGGGGGAUGUGCAAGAGCUUUGCAUGUCGACACGGGUGUAUGGACACGGGUGUAUGGACACGGGUGUAUGGACACGGGUGUAUGGACACGGGUGUAUGGACACGGGUGUGUGGACACAGGUGUGUGGACACAGGUGUGUGGACACGGGUGUGUGGGCGCAGGUGUGUGGACUCAUCGUCGACACAGACAGGCCCACACAGAACGGACAGACGCGGACACAUGGGGAACGGGUUACGAGGUCUUUUUAA